AUAAAAUUGACACGCAACGUAACGAGAGCCCACCCCGGCCAGGAUACCACGUAUAAAAGCAUGAUGCGACUGAGCAAUCCACAACCGACAGGAGGAGACUCUCGGAGAAGGAUCAGUUUGCCACUUUACGCGCUGAGAUGAGGGGCUUCACUCUGAAUAACGUUUGCCAGUGUGGCUUGUUUACGUAUCUUGUCUUAUUUUCCUUCAUGUCUUUUACGGAUGCAGUCAGUUUCGACCUGACUGAGCUCAGGAAUAAAGUUGCAAAAAUUAAAGUGAAUCCAAGAGGCAAUCUUUGGGCUACAGGACACUUCAUGGGGAAGAAGAGUGUGAUGGAUGCCCCCCUGAUGCCUUCAGCGGAGGGGCAGGGGCAGGAUGCGCUGGAAGUCUCCUUCCCGGGGGAGCAGAGCGCGAUCGAGGAGCUUUUCCAACAGUUUCUGCGGGUGGCGUUACAAACGCAGGUGGACACGCAGGAGAGCCGCUCGAAAAACCAGGAGGCGGACUUGUUGAUGAAGAUUUUAGAAAGCUACAUCCAAAGCAGAAAGUGA